AUGGUCUCCGAAGCUUGCCCCGUUUACGCGCCCUUCUUUGGCGCCAUGGGUUGCACCUGCGCCAUCGUCUUCACCUGCCUGGGCGCUUCCUAUGGCACCGCCAAGUCCGGCGUCGGUAUCGCCGCCAUGGGCGUCCUCCGGCCCGACCUGAUCGUCAAGAACAUUGUCCCCGUCAUUAUGGCUGGUAUCAUUGGUAUCUACGGUCUGGUUGUGUCUGUCCUGAUUUCAGACGGACUCAAGCAGGAGCUUCCCUUGUACACGGGCUUCAUCCAGUUCGGCGCUGGUCUCUCCGUCGGUCUUGCCGGUCUUGCUGCGGGGUUCGCCAUCGGUAUCGUCGGUGACGCUGGUGUCCGAGGAACUGCUCAGCAACCCCGACUCUUCGUCGGCAUGAUCCUGAUUCUCAUUUUCGCCGAAGUCUUGGGUCUCUACGGCCUCAUUGUCGCCCUGCUCAUGAACUCCAAGGCCACGCUCAAUGCCACCUGCAAUUAA